AUGGGUCCACAAAUCAAGAUGUUUGCUGGGCCACUAUCCGCCUGCGCGCGGCCAACUCUGUCGGCACCGCUGGCAACAUUUUCUCUAUCGCGAUGCUUCUCCACAACAUCACCCUCCCUCGACUGGCUGCGACCGAAAUUCCAAGAAAAGUCCAAAUCUCCCAAGGGUCGCCCUCACGUUGCCACUGGCGGAUCCACCCGAGGAACAACAGUUGUGUGGGGAGACUUCGGUCUGCGGAUGAAAGACCACGACCGCCGAAUGCCCGCAUCUGCGUUGAAGAUCGCCGAAGAUACCAUCAAGAGGCGGCUACGAGGAAUGAACUACAAGCUGUACAAGCGCGUCAGUGCGAAUGUUGGUGUCUACACCAAGGGUAACGAGCAGCGUAUGGGUAAGGGUAAGGGUAAGUUCGAUUAUUGGACUGUCCGUCUGCCCGUGAGCCGAAUCGUGUUUGAAUUGAAGGGAGAUGUGCACGAGAAGAUUGCCCGCGAGGCUUUCAGAUUGGCGGGUCACAAAUUGCCAGGUCUCUGGGAAUUCGUGAACAAGGACGACCCUCCUGUCGUUGGAAUUACAAAGCUCGGAAACGGAGUUACUCUCGAGAGCCUCAAGCGCGCACGCAGAAACCCACCCAUCGGCACCGAAAACACCAUUUCUCCCCCGAAGAGCGCCUCCUCCAGCUCCGACCCUACUCAAUAA